GCAGAUCCUGUGAGAGAGGCUGGGAGGGAAGUUCACUUUCACCCCAAACUGACUCUACCUGUGAAUGACUUCCUGAGCAACACAUCAACAAAGCUUCUAUCGGAUUAUAAAACCCGGAUUUCUCUCUCAGCUCAAGACUUAUCAUGAAGCUCAUCCUGUUGAUGGUUUCGGUGCUGCUCCUGGUGGUGGGAGAGGGUACCGCAGACAGAAUCCUGUCUAGGAGGACCAAGAGGGAGCUUGCCAGUCCUCUCCAUGUUGGUGGCAUCAGGGACCCAUUUGGCUCGUACUGCGAGAGAAGAGGAGGCUGCUGCCCGGGCAGAGACGACCUGUGCACGGUGCCUUACCUGGACACCAUCUGCUACUGCGACCUAUUCUGCAACCGCACCGUCUCGGACUGCUGCCCUGACUUCUGGAGUCACUGUUUGGGCGUGGAGCCACCUUUCAUUGGCAUCUGCGAAAGAAAUGGCAACAGGUUCUUUACAGGGCAAACAUACAAAGAAAACUGCAAUUUAUGUACAUGUGGGACUUCAGGACGAUGGGAGUGUGAGCAGAACGCAUGUCUGAUGGAGCCUGACAUCAUUCAUGCUGUCAACAGAGGAAACUACGGGUGGAAAGCAGCUAACUACAGUCAGCUCUACGGCAUGACUCUGGACGAAGGCAUCCGGUACCGCCUGGGCACACAGAGACCCUCCAGGACCAUCAUGAACAUGAAUGAGAUCCAGAUGAACAUGGAUCCUCAGGGAGACCGUCUGCCGCCUUACUUCAACUCAGCAGAGAAGUGGCCAGGGAAGAUUCAUGAGCCUCUGGACCAGGGCAACUGUGCUGCUUCCUGGGCUUUCUCCACUGCAGCCGUGGCCUCGGACAGAAUCUCCAUCCAGUCAAUGGGUCACAUGACUCCUCAGCUGUCGCCCCAAAAUCUUAUUUCCUGUGACACACGCAACCAGGGAGGCUGCGCCGGGGGACGCAUCGAUGGAGCCUGGUGGUACCUUAGGCGUAGAGGAGUGGUGACAGAAGACUGUUACCCGUACCGACCUCCUCAGCAAACGCCAGCGGAGGUAGGCCGCUGCAUGAUGCAAAGCCGCUCGAUCGGCCGGGGGAAGAGGCAGGCUACGCAGCGCUGCCCCAACACACACAACUACCACAACGACAUCUACCAGUCCACGCCGCCCUACAGGCUCUCAUCCAAUGAAAAAGAGAUCAUGAAGGAGAUUAUGGAUAAUGGCCCUGUGCAAGCUAUUAUGGAGGUCCACGAGGACUUCUUUGUCUAUAAGAGUGGGAUCUACAAACACACUGACGUCAGCUUCACCAAACCUCCACAGUACCGCAAACAUGGCACACACUCAGUCAGGAUCACCGGGUGGGGAGAAGAGAGAAACUUUGAUGGGACAUCAAGAAAAUAUUGGAUUGCUGCCAACUCCUGGGGAAAGAACUGGGGAGAGAACGGCUUCUUCCGCAUCGCUCGUGGGGACAAUGAGUGUGAGAUUGAAGCAUUUGUGAUUGGAGUGUGGGGCAGGAUCACGAUGGAGGACAUGCACAACCAUCAUCACCACCAUCAUCGCCGACACAUUUAGAGACACAACAGGUGUUAAAUCCCCAUCAAGACCUUUGUUUUGUUUUUUUUUAAACCCACCUAUAGUGAGGUGACGCCCCAGAGGAGAACCACAUCAAGAGUCUGAGAACUUCAUCAAUUCCCCUUGUCCACCAAGCUGGCAGGGACAGCCUUAAUAGUAACCCCAGAGCCCCUGAACCUUCUGCUUUUACACUUUACUUUACUCUGGGGAUCAGUACAACCCCUCUUCUCCUCCAUCGUUACCCUUUAAAGAGGACAACUUUUCCCAUUUCUCCUGUAACUCAAGGCUUACGGCACCAAAAACAAAGAAAAACUAAGAUAAAGUGUAUUUGUGUUGCCUUGCAAUUAAGCACCUCAGGUACCAACUGUUCCAAAGACCACACUUCCCAGAAUCCUCAGUGUAAUAUCUGGUGAAACAUGUUCAUGUCAAGUUGGCUGAUGACAGAAGGAGAAGCUCAGUCUGACCUUUUUAUGCUUUCAUGUGUCAACCUGAAGCUUUAGUCUAAAUCUAUAAUCCAGACGGACCCGAUUUCAGGGGGGGACGGCUUGGAAAAGAGGAAAACUGAGAGCCAGAUUAUUAGACAUCAGACCCUUUCAGAGAGACACACCCAGCUUAACUGUGUAACAUGAUAAUAUAUCAUAGAUGACCUUACUGACAUUCACCUGUCAGUUAUACACAGGCACAGUUUGGCUCAUUCCCUCAGUUUUAGAGAGGACACCCUUGUCUCGAGUUAGCAGCUGCAGGCGGUAGAGUUUCUCACACAUUCCACACUCAAAAACUAUUUGGGAUUUUAGGGGAAUUUACAAUGCCACUGACCAUGAACAAUAGUUAGACAGAAUCAAAGGCCCUAUAUUUUUUUUUAUUACUGUGCCGUAAAAGUGAAACAGGCCUUUGUAACACAUAUUUAUACUGGGAUGGGCAGUGUCAGUAAAUAAACGUGUAUCAUUUGUUCUCGGCUGCAGGUGAAAUAAAUCAUUUUCACCAAACAUCACCCUGAACAAUGAGAAAUAUAUAAACAUUAGCAACGUUGCCAUUCCUGAGCCCACAAUCUCAUUGAAGAAAUAAAAACACUGAAAAAAUUGAAAAGUUUUUUUGACCACUGCAAAAGAAAAGAUAUUUGUGUAUAGUAGUCUUAAUUUGCUCUGUUCUGUAAACACUGUUACAUUUUGACCUAAAGAUGUUAUUUUUUUGUUUUGUUGCAGUUAUAUUUUUUAAGUUUUAUUUUCCUACUCAUUUUAAAAUGUACUGUAUGUAGUAACUUUCAUAACACACUCGUCACUCAGUUGCUUUUCCGCUUCUACAUAGCUGUAACUGUUUGAUCACAGCGAGGAGGGUGGGGGGGUGGGGGGGGUUAAGGCGGGGGGGGCUGCUGCUAUAUUCAGUCUGUGCUGCAAUACUUGUCUUAGUUUGAUGCAUUUCGUAUGUAAUAAACACGUAAAGCCACUUCUAACUAACGCUGAAAAACACCGGUUCAAGUCACACAGGUUGCAGAUAAGCUGUUUCGCUCGGUAUGUUCUCAUUUUUAUUUUUUUAUUUUUAUUGUGCUCUGCAGGAAAUUGAACUGGUUCCAACUUAUCAGCCCUGCGUCUGUCUUUGCUGCAGUGUCACAGCGCUGUGCGAUGUCUUUAUUCCAACUGAUUGCAUGCUGAUUGAGCGAUUUUCAGACCUUUUUUCGAGGACAGCCUCACUUGAAAAGGAAAACAUGGUGUAUUAUUACCGCUUACCUUAAAUUACAUCCUGGUGUCCUUCAACUGUAACUUCAAAAGGUUUUUCUAUUUCUAUAUCAUCAGGUCUUGUGAUCUUGUUUGUCAUCUCCUUCAGGCAUGGAUAGGUAGAUAGACAUAAAAGCAGAGAGAAAUGUCCGGAUGGACACACAAUGUGCAAUGUGGUGAAGGGGCUACAGAUGGAUUAGCAGUUGCUGUAUAUUUCUCAUGAAUCCGAAUCUUUGCUUUCAGUGUGUUAUAAGCGAAGGCAGGGAAGGAUCAAGAGCAGCACAUCGACAAGAGAUGCACAACAUGGUUUACAAUGAAUGACAAUACACAGAAAACAAUGUGAAACUGACCUCUUUGGCCUGAGGAGGAGUUCUUCAAUUCUAUUUUCAUUUGUGGGCAAGUUGCUAGAGUUCCUUUACAAGAGGUGAAAAAGAUCAAUGGACAAAACUAGUUAGUAGACUGGUUUAUUCUACUGUGAUUCAGUUCUCAUUGGCAAGAUGUUUGCAGAAAUGUGUCCAGUGAAGUUACACAAGGUCUAUACAAGAUAUUUCAUGACCUUCCUGCUCAAGAGCAGCAUCAAUGUGAGAAGAAUGACUUCAGUGUUUGUGAGACAAACCAGGGCCACGUUCCCUAAAUGCACGUUAGGACUAAGAUGAUAAUUUUUUGUCUGUUUGCAAAGAUCAUCUUCUCCUUGAGAUGCUGUUGACAAAGGGAGGGAUAGUUACAGACUGUAACUGGUGUGUAUCAUGUGAAGUUUUUUCGUGCAGAAGAAAGUAGUGGGAUCUGACCAAAGCUGGAAUCAUUUUGUUUUCAUUGUGGAGAGACAUCCUGUUGUCAGUGUUCGUUUAUUUAGCUUACAUUAUGUUGGAUCAACGGUCAUCAGGUUCAUUGUGAGCUUGGACCUGAAUGCUAUACAGGACAACGAAUAUGUAGAGAAAACAAAAAAAAAAAUCUUGUAAAGCAUUCAAGUAAAUGUUCAUGAACAACAUAUGUGCCACGUUAAUUAUGACUAAUUUUACAUAAAGGUUCAGAUAGGACCAAUAACACCUAGAGAUUCUCUGCUGAACCCACAUCUGUCCCAUUCAAACUGAUGUUACCUUCAGCCAAACAGUUUUCUCCAACUACACAACCUCUCCUCUAAAAACACCCAGGAGUUGCAGCAGACAUCCACUCACAAGUUGUGUAUUUUAUGUAAAAUGAACCACUUCAUAGUCACUGAUGUGUAGACUUUAUUUAUGACAAGAUGUGUAAAUUAUAUUCUUUUAUUCUUCCUCGUUUUCCUGUGCAAUGUUUUAUUAUCUCUCUGUCUCACAUUAGUGUUUACUUGUGCAGCACAAUAAAGUCUUUCCAAAAACAA